CAUCAAUGGUUAAUUGGAGACCUAGGAUUAUCACAACCUGCAAAUAAUACAUCAUCGAAUAAUGAAAUAUAUGGAGUGAUACCUUAUAUUGCACCAGAAAUAUUUAAAGGAUCUUCAUUUUCUAAAGAAUCAGAUGUUUAUAGUAUGGGUAUGAUUAUGUGGGAACUCACAACAGGUUGCAAACCUUUUGCUAAUGUUGAACAUGAUAUCAAUCUGAUUUUUGAAAUCCUUGAUGGAAAACGACCUGAAAUUACAGAAGACACACCAGAAUGUUAUGCAAAAUUAAUGAAAAGUUGUUGGGAUCCUGAUCCCAAAAAAAGACCCUUAGCAAAAAAUAUUCGGAAUACUUUUGGUAGUUGGUCUUUCAGAAAUAAGCAUAACUAUAUAUUUAAUAAAGCUGAAUUAAAAAGAACAGAGUUAAUAAAAUCACAAAAGCGUCCUGAGUUUGCUAAAAAACCUCAUCCAAGAGCUAUUUAUACAAGUAGACCACUAAGCUUUUUCAUAUCCGAAUGUUCAUCGAAUAAUAAUUCAUCGCAGGGUUAUAGUUACAUUUCAGAAGAACAAGGAUUUGAUAUAGACAUUGAAAGUUAUAAUAGUGGGUCCUUAAGUGUACCUGUAACUUCUUUAGGGAAGCGAAAUAUUGAAGAAUUAAAUAUAGAAGAAACUAAUAAUGAUAGCGGAAAACAUGUUAAACUCGUGUAUAAAAAUAUAGAAUAA